GACUCCAAUAUUCACCGGAACUUCAGCCUGUGCGACAGUCACAGUUUUAAAUAGGGGUUCGGUCCAAUAUGGCGGCAGACGGAUGGAAAUACUCAUGACAGUCCGAAAGAUCGCCUCGAUUUGUACGAUGGGCGCCAAUGCUUCUGCUUUGGAAAAGGAGAUUGGACCGGAACAGUUUCCUGUUAAUGAACACUACUUUGGGCUGGUUAAUUUUGGCAACACCUGCUACUGCAACUCAGUGUUGCAGGCACUGUACUUCUGCCGGCCCUUCCGCGAGAAAGUACUGGCCUAUAAGAUACAGCCACGACGUAAAGAGAGCCUGCUCACCUGCCUGGCUGACCUGUUCAACAGCAUUGCAACCCAGAAGAAGAAAGUGGGAGUCAUUCCACCAAAGAAGUUCAUCUCCCGUCUGAGGAAGGAAAAUGAGUUGUUUGACAACUACAUGCAGCAGGAUGCACACGAAUUCCUCAACUACUUGCUCAACACCAUUGCAGACCUGCUACAGGAGGAGAAGAGCCAAGAGAGACAGCAGAAUGGAAAGGUUGUGCAGAACGGUGGGGGUGGAGGUGGAGGAGGCGGCGGUGGACACGGCAGUAGCACAGGAGAGGGUGAAACAGAGGAAAAGACCCAGCAGACAUGGGUGCAUGAGAUCUUCCAAGGCACACUGACCAAUGAGACACGGUGCCUUAACUGUGAAGCGGUGAGCAGUAAAGAUGAGGACUUCCUGGACCUAUCGGUAGAUGUGGAGCAGAAUACUUCCAUCACACACUGUCUUAGGGGUUUCAGCAACACAGAGACCUUAUGUAGUGAAUACAAGUACUACUGCGAGCAAUGCAGAAGUAAACAGGAAGCUCAGAAAAGGAUGCGGGUGAAGAAAUUACCCAUGAUCCUUGCCCUGCACCUAAAGCGCUUUAAGUAUAUGGACCAGCUGCAUCGCUACACCAAGCUCUCCUACCGCGUUGUCUUCCCUCUGGAGCUGAGGCUCUUCAACACCUCUGGGGAUGCCACUAACCCUGACCGAUUGUAUGACCUAGUGGCAGUAGUGGUGCACUGUGGGAGUGGUCCAAAUCGAGGUCAUUAUAUCACUAUAGUGAAGAGUCAUGGCUUCUGGCUACUGUUUGAUGAUGACAUUGUAGAGAAAAUAGAUGCCCAAGCAAUUGAGGAAUUCUACGGUCUGACUUCGGACAUCUCCAAAAAUUCUGAGUCAGGGUACAUACUCUUUUACCAGUCUAGAGACUGAGCCAGUGGGAGUGACUGACAGAAUGAGAAGGUGUGAUUUGUGAGAGGCAGAUAGGGAGGCUUGGGCUUUGUUGACAUGGCCCUAUUCUAUCCCUCUCAGUCAAGUCCCUUUUCACCCAGGCUUAUCAGUGGAGCUUUGCACCAGAGCAUCAAUCAGGCCCCAGACAGGAGCAGUUGAUGCCAGAGUGACCUGGACACAGCACAGUAAUCACCAGGUGGAAGCAAUUGCCUUUUGAUUAGCCGUUGUCUCACUCGCCUCCUUUGUGUUGCUCAGCACAAACAAACGCACAUAUACUCACAGUUGUGAAAUGAGCUACAUGUACGUCUUGAAGGCCUGAGAAUGGACACUGUACAAACUUUUUCCCCAUAACACUGUAACAAGGUUAAUUUUGAUUUACAGUAGCUUGAUGAUUGGGUUCACUAUUCAGUAUCACAGUCAUCGUGUGUUUCAUAAUCUGUAUUUUGCCACAAUAUAAUGGCUGAUCUAGAAAGCUGCCGAACGGUUCUUCACCCUACAACAGAAACUCUCCACAGAUGAACAUCUGUGGAAUGUCAAACAUGGCACGCUAUAUAAGAGCCAGGCAAUCAGUUAGUUAUAAAUGUGUUGCAUUUGCAACAAAUCCAAUAUCUCAUGUUGCUAUUGUAACUGAGCAAUGUAGAGCUGCUCAACCUGAUAGGGUUUUAAGCACACACUCUGGAAGGAAGCAUUUGUUUGUCAAGAAGUUCACAAGUAGUGUUACAUGGGGCUUUUGAAGACCUCACUAUAGACUCUGUGUGGACUAGAACAGUGAGUGUGUGUGUGUGUGUGUGUGUGUGUGUGUGUGUGUGUAAAGGAUGUUUCUUGUCUUAAGAAUACUCUUUCAGUAUUCCUUGAAUGUAAAACAUUCUGCCAGUUAUGGUACACUGCAAGUGAGUGUAAAGCUUGGAUUUGAUUGUGUCAUACAGUGCACACUCAAUGGAGCACUAACUAUUCAGUGUAACAGAUGGAAAUAGAAAUAAGGGCUUUAUAUUAUUUUGAAUAUAAGUUGGAGCCCAUUGAUGGCUAUUAUAAACCAAAAGCUGCAAACACUUCCAGUCAUAUUUCACUAUCACUGUGGCACUGCUGUGAGAUUAAGAUUAAUGCUGACUCAUUCAGUUUUGCCCUUUUUAACAAUCGAAAUGUUGGAUAAAUCAAAUAUGCGUGUUUCGACUAGGGCUCCAAUAGGCACUCCAUUACAGAGACUUGUGAUUUAUUAAGCAGAUUGAAUUGGCUGCAUCUAUUCUGUGUCAUGUUAGUAGCUCUUCCCUAGAUCUCUAUUGUGUUCUCCUCUGCCCUCUUAAAAACAUUUUAACUGAACAUAACCAUAGAUGGUAAGUGAAGCACAACAGUAUGCUGAAAUGCAGUUUAGGUCUGUUUGUAAAUGUGAGGUUUAAGCUGUGAAUUGCUAGGUCUUGUUAAAGAGACUACUCUGUUGCUCAUUUGUGGGUCCAAUAGUGCAUACGUAGGAUGAGCCACUUUUCACAAUUGGCUCACAGCUAGUAAAUAGUUACAAGCAAACUAGGCCACCCUGUGAUUAUAUCUUUGAGGUAAAAAUACACCAAGCAAGAUUUGGUAAUGUUAAGAACAGGCAAAAUACAUACUGCCGACAAGUUUGUUUUAUUGAGUGGUUUCAAACUCACAAAAUUGUGUUUUCCAAGCCUAAUUUUAUCCCUUCCUAAUAAUUAAAUGUAUGGUUGGAGAAUGAAAAUUGUAGCUUAGUUUGGGGGUUUGCUGUGUGAACUACACUGGUUUUAUUUGACUGAUUGUUUGACAAGAAUGUGCUUUAAUCUUUGAGGGGUCAUAACUGAUAGUGCUGCUGAUUAUUAUUCCAUAUGUUUUGUAAAGUCUACUUGGUAUCAGUGCAUGCAUGGUUUAGCAACUCUUGAAAUUGUUAUAAAGCAUGUAUAAAGAUCUUAUAAACAAGACAUCAGUGUUUGUAAAGAGGUUGUAAGCUUUUGCUGGUCAGUGAACCUACUGGUAUCACCUGUCUGAAAGGGAUGGUUCAUACAAAAAUGAAAAUUCUCUCAUUAUUUACUCGCCCUCAUGAUAUCUUUGGUGCGUAUGACUCUUUCUUCACCAGAACACAUUUGAAGAAAAAUGUCUUCGCUCAGUAGAUCCUUAAAAUGCAAGUGAAAGGAGAUUUCUCAUUUGACGCUCCAAAAUCACAGACAGUCAGCAUAAACUUCAUCAAUUCGACACCAGCUGUAUUCUAAAGCAAAACAAAUGCUUUUGGUGUGAAAGAUAAAUAUUUUAAGUACUUUUUUAACUCUAAAUCAUGCCUCCGGUCUGCAGCAGUAUGUGCUUGUGACAUAAUUGCAUUGGCAUUUGAAACAUGCAAGACACAUGACGCACUACCGGAAGAGCAGCGCCGUACAGUAGCAUGGUUGGUUUUGGUUUAGAUCCGUUUUUUUUCUUAACUCCCAAUGGUGCGUUUGUGUGCUCAUCCUGGAUGUCUCAACUGAGUGGAGAAUGUGAGAUUACAUCUGUUUCCAUGGCAAUGUGAAGAGACCCCUUGAACUCAAGCCUCUCCUGAAGUGUUAGAUUAUAGUUAAAAAGUACUUAAAUAUUGAUCUUUUUCACACCAAAAGCAAUCAUGUUGCUUUAGAAUACAUUAAAUAACCGCUUGAGUUGAAAUAAUGACGUUUAUGCUAAUUGUCAGAUUUUUGGUGUUUUAAGAGAAAUCUUCCGUUCGCUUACAUUUUAAGGACCUACUGAGCUAAGAUAUUUUUAUAUUUUUCUUCAAGUGUUAUGGUGAAGAAAGUCAUACACAUCUGGGAUAUCAUGAGGAGGAGUAAAUAAUGAUCAUUUCAAUUUUUGGGUGAACUAAAGUAUACUGAAAUCUAUGUCCAACUGACAUGUCACGUAAAUUACACAUUUACACAUGCUAUGGAAGCGCGUUUGUAGAUGUGUCUUCACAUUUGAAUAAGGCUUCUCCAUGCAGACUUAACUGGAUAUUUUCUUUUUUAAAUUGGCUUGCGAUCUAGUAGUGGGGGAAGAAACAUUUCUUUUAUUUGAGCUCUUUUUAUUUCUUUAUUUUAUUUAUGUGUAAUUAUAAAUGUUAUAUAAAAUUUUCUUUUGAUAUUCUAAUUUUUUUUUAUUUUUGCUAAUUAGUCCUUUAUUUGGACGUGGACCAGGGCUGUUGUAUGUUAUGUGGGGAGUUUGUUGUAGCAGAAUUGUAUGGGUGAUCGUGUUUGCUUGGAAUGAUCUGAUUAAUGCCGUAAGACUGGGGGGGGGGACAAAACACACACACAAGCGCGUCAUGUUGUUAGUCAUAGAAACAUUUAUGCACUGAUUGCAAUAACAAAAACCAGAGUGUUAGCUAGUUUUGGCAUUACCAGUCAGACAGAAACACAAUUAAGAUGAAUACAAUCAAAUGCCAUGUCAUGCUGACAUUCAGGUAGAAUUUAGAGUGGCAUUAGUUUUGUUUCAUCCCCAGUCCUUCCCUUAACAUGGUGUAAUAAUGUUUAUUCCAUACUGGUUUUGAAAAAAAAGUGCACUUUUGAUAAAGCAAUGUACAAAUUGUAAAGCAGGUGAAUGUUCUGGUUUUGGAGUGGACGGUGUGGAUGAAAGAUGGGA